AUGAUCCUCCCCCGAACAACCCUCUUCCACACACCCUCCACCUCACCCCAAUCCGAAACCCAACCACAGGACCAAACACCAUCCUCCUCCCCAGACUCCUGGUCCCUCCCCGCCUCCUACCGCGUAGCCAUCUUCCUCAACGCCAGCAUCCUCAUCUUCAUCCUCGCCAUAAUCCUCGGCCUCAUCCUAUACAUCCGAAACCGACGACCUACCUCUCACCAAUUACGCAAAUCCCAUAAAGCCCUCUCACACAGAUCACAAAAGGAGGAGGAAGAGGAGACAUUACUCGAGAGCAAAGAUGCAUAUUCAGAUUCUGACUCGAUUUCCAGAUCAAGUGGAGGAGAGAGAGGUGUAGGUGCUGGGGCAGGAGAAAUGACCGAGAAGAAACGCCCAAGACCGAUACAUAUACCCCUGCCUGGACCAGGAACGUUCAGUCCAGUAGGGAUUCUGAGUCCUAGUAUUAGGACGCCUGGCGAGAAGAGAAAGAGGGGACAUGUGAGGUGGACGCCUAGUGUGCAGGGAGGAGAGGUAUUUGGGAUUUUGGAGGGAGAUGGUGCUGGGGCAGGGAAGGCGAAAGAGAAAGAGAAAGAGAAGGUGGAGAAGAAGUGUAAGUGUAGGGGGAAGAGACAUCCUGGGUGUUGGAGGUUUGAUUUGCAUUUUGAGGAUGGGGCGAGGCCGGUGCUGGGGGAGGAGAGGGAGGAGGGGUUGGGGAGGCUGAGUAGGUGA